AUGCCCAUGUAUGCUAAGUUCUUGAAAGAUAUUAUAACCAAGAAAAUAAGCAUAGGGAAGUACGAGAUGGUGGCUCUAACAUAUGUUAGCAACGCGAUCAGUCCUCCAAAAAUGAGAGACCCUGGAAGUUUUACAAUACCUUGCUCAAUCAGAGGAAUUUAUAUUGGGCAAGCAAUAUGCGAUCUAGAGAGUGCGAUUGCUGUUCAUCUAGAAGGAAAGUUGGAAGAUGUGCUGGUCAAGGUUGAUAAAUUCAUCCUUCCUGCACACUUCAUCAUACUCGACUAUGAAGUUCAUAAAGAUGUCCCUAUUAUCUUGGGACGACCAUUCCACUCCACUGAGAGAGCUCAGAUUGAUGUGCACAAAGGAGAGAUUGCAAUGAAUGUCAACGGUCAAAAGCUGAAGUUCAACAUCAUUAAGGCAAUGAGCUACCCAGAUGAAGCACACUCAUUCGAUGUGGAUGAGGAAUGGCCUUGCAGCUGA